AUGACGUUUCAAGACGUACAAAACAUCCACAACGCCCACCCGGCCUCCAGAAACGGCUCACAUCUUGUGUCGGACAACUCGGACCAGUCCUCGGUGGUACACCUCUUCUCUUCCGAGAAAAUUAAGGCCUUUUGCAAGGUCGCGGCCGAGCACGACUACGAAUACGCGUGGACCGACGCCUGCUGCAUCGACCAGACGAGCAGCUCCGAGCUCUCUGAAGCAAUCAAUUCGAUGUACGACUGGUAUCGCUACGCGGAUGUAUGCUACGUAUACCUUGUCGAUGUCUCCACCACGACCACUGUCGAGCUCGAGGCCCCCGGAAGCUUGUUUCAAAUCAGCCGAUGGCAUAAACGCGGCUGGACCCUACAGGAGCUUCUCGCCCCAAGAACCGUCGUAUUCCUGUCUAACACCUGGGAUAUCCUCGGCACGAAGCACACCCUCGCCCACCUAAUCCAAGCGGUCACUGGGAUCGAUCGCGCGGUCUUGACUGGGGAGCGCGCCCUCGAGGAGUUUAGUGUCGCCUGUCGUAUGUCUUGGGCAUCCAAACGCGAAACGACGCGAGAAGAAGACGAGGCGUACUCGCUUAUGGGGAUCUUCGGAGUGCACAUGCCUUCAACCUAUGGAGAAGGCCGAUACGCCUUCAUUCGCUUGCAGGAGGAGAUUGUGAAGCGUAUUUCUGACCAGACAAUCUUCGCAUGGGGCCCUAUCCUCCCUAACCACGACUUCACAUUCCGCUCUCUGAACCCGUACCCCUCUUCCGACCAGCUGCGCGCCGGACCCUCUCUGGAAACAUCAUCCUUGCACCAAUUCCUACUCGCGUCCUCCCCACGAGACUUCCUAGGUUGCUCCCAUCUUGUCAACAUCCCAUGGGACAAAUUGUUGCAGCUUCUCCAAGUGCGAUUCGACCACCGGCCGACCUACACUACCACGCCGUAUGGCGUCCGCACUCGUCUCCCGCUGCUCGCGAUCCGCGCCACGGACCCACAUACCAAUGUUCCCACAUGCAUUGCGCUCCUAGCCUGCCAGGACGCCGUGGACGGGAAUAUCGUGGCCCUUCUUCUGCGCUCUCAACCGCACCGACCUGAAGGAGAGUACUUUGUCGGCGCGGUGGUGGGGCAGCUACACGACAUCAUUGGCGCAUUCGACACCAUCGCCCCCUUCUCCAUGACCCCCGCCAGCGCGCUCUCGGAGCACUACUUUCGUAUGACGUCCAUGUCGGUAGACAAGCUGAGGAGUCUGGCUCACAUGUGGCGUCAGCCAGAGUCGUACAUCCCUUAUUGGCCCUCAUCAGCUUCUUACAACCUCCAGCGCGACGUCCAUCUACACACUGCUCUGCGGAGUGCGUCGUCGGAUGAGGCGUUCGACCUACACAUCGCUGCAUGGUCUCACGAUCUUCUGAAGGCGUGUGGUUACAGCAUACGCAAAACUACCAGCAGGGAUCCGUACACCAUUGUACUUGAAGACUCCACACUAUCCUCAGAAUGCAUCAACAUCUACGUGCGACGUUGUGACUGCCAAUUCGGAGACAUGGCCCGCUCGACAUGCGGCACCCCAUAG